CUGGUUUGGUUCAGUGUGGCUUGGCAGGUGGACCAAAUCCUGAGUGAUUCUUAGACGGGAGUAAAAUGAUUUUUUUAAGACACCUCUCUCUGUGUUGCAAUCUCCUCUUUUGUCUUCUCCUGGGUUGUGUGUCUGCAGAAAGCAUCAUAGCCACAGUGGGAGAAGAUGUUACUCUGAUAUGCAACUAUGACGCCAAGUACUACGGCAAGCUUUCUACAUGCUGGGGUCGGGGAGACAUCCCCAACAGGGGCUGUGCCAAUGAGGUGCUCAAGACAGACGGGACAUCAGUGAUCAGCAGACUGUCAGAGCGUUACCUGCUCAAGGGUGAUGUUGGUGUGGGAGAUGUGUCGCUCACCAUCAGGCAUGUUGAGGAGGGCGACUCCGGGACGUAUGGCUGCCGUGUGGACAUACCAGGCUGGUUCAAUGAUCACAAGCACCAGCUGACUCUGACGGUAGUGGCAGUACGCCCUAAUCCUCUGACGGUGGAGACGAGAGAGGUGAAGGAGAGAACUGUCACUGUUCGCUGGACUCCUGUGUUUGACGGCGGCAAGCCCAUUACAGCCUACAGGAUUGAUCUCAAAAACAAACAGGCAUCCUGGGAUACUGCAGUGAGUACCGAAGUCUCAGAUCCUGAACUGACUCAGCUGACUUUGGUGGAUUUGCGUCCGGCAAAGUCCUUCAACCUUCGCAUGUUUGCUAUAAACAGUGUGGGCAUGAGCGAAUCCAGCAAUGUCCUGACAGUCACAACUAAAGAAGCAGCCCCAGACGGUCCUCCCCUGGAUAUGAAGCUGGAGGCCCUCACUUCUCACAGUAUCAAGGUCACUUGGAAGCCUCCGAGGCUCGAACACAGAAACGGGGUUCUCCGGAGUUACAGCAUUAGCUACAGACAGUAUGACCCUGCAGGCAGAACGUACAAAAGGUGGCAGCACUUAAGUGUGAUGGCCACACGGGAACUAGAAAGCGUCGUCCUGAGCAACCUGAAGCCUUCUGCUGAAUACGGAGUGAUGAUACAGGCCAUAACAAGUGCAGGAGUAGGACCUUCCUCAAAUGCACCUCUCUGCUCAACUCUUGAUGAGGUUCACAUAACGUCAACAGCAUCAACAAUCAAAUCUUCUUCCACUGCGGCUACAACAAUCAAAUCUUCCACUGCGGCUACAACAAUCAAAUCUUCUUCCACUGCGGCCACAAUUUGGAUACAAAACACUUCAAGUUUCACUUCAGUUCGAACAGCAUCAACAAUUGAGACUGUCACUGCUGCCACUGUUUGGGGAGAAAGAACCACAAGUAUCACAUCAGUGCCCCCGGAUCCCCCUGUGAUUGAAUUAAAGCAGGUCAAAGACAAUACCAUUUCCCUUUUCUGGACUCCUGGGUUUGAAGGUGACAGCCCUAUCACUGGCUAUUACCUGGAGUGGAAAGCAGUUAACGCCUCGUGGGAUUACACGAAGACAGUUGUUUUCUUCAGCCCCAACCAGACAGAGACCACAAUAAUAGAGAUAAAUCCCUCAACAUACAACAUCCGCAUGUUUGCCAAGAACAGUCUGGGCACCAGUAAGGCUAGCAAUGUCCUCACCAUCACCACUGGAGAAGCAGGUCAUCAGGGAGUUGACGUCCUUACCACCAUAUCUACUGACACUCAUGUUGCUGCCAGCAUUGAGGAGAGUCAGAAUGGUCACCGAGCAGCCAUCGUGGUGCCAGUGGUGCUGCUGGUCUCGGUUGUUGCCAUAGUAACCAUGUGGCAGCUUAGACGAAUAAAACAGAAAAAAGGCAGCAUGAGCAUGUGGCUGACCAAUGAAUCUCUACGUUACAGAGGGUCCGAGCCACUACAAGAGCUGUAAAACUAUGAGUUACUCCACAGUUCAGGCUACGACAACACAAAUAAGCAGUAGGCUAGAUUACAUUUUGUGAAAUUUGUCAAAUAAGGUUAUAUAUACAUCUGUUUGUUAUGUCAUUGAGAUAUGAAACUUCCCCUGCGUGUUGAGUUGAUCAAACUAAUCAAAAAGAAAACUAAUCUUUUUUUCUAAACACUCAAAACAGAAGCUAAAAUCACAACACGAAUGCAGUGUUAAGAUGAGAUCUGCCUUUAUUUCCAAUAUUAUGUUGCAGCAUUUGUUGUAUUAGUUUGUCAUUCUUGUUGUUUCCUUUCUUUCUUACAAUAUAUAUUAGCACUAUAUUAACACUAUAAGAUAAGAUAAUCCUUUAUUAGUCCCGCAGCGGGGAAAUUUGCAGGCUUACAGCAGCAGAGAGUAAAGACCCUCAACAGGUCAUUAAAUGACUAUAGUACUAUUCUUAUGUGACUUCCUGUGUAAUGAAAUAAUACCAUUUUGCUUUAGGCUAUAACAAUAAACAUCCACAGCGUUUGUUCAGCAAAACUUUAUUUUAUUGGGUUAAACAUUUUGUGUCAUGUCGAAAAUGAAUCAUUACUUAUAAGUUACCAGCAGCAGCUGUACCAGAUGUGACUGUUUAAAAAUAUGCUCAAUGAAAUCAAAUGGUAAAAGUGUAAACAGUCCAACCACAGAUACUAACAUGAUGAAAGGUAGUUUAUGAAGUUGAGAUAAGAUAAGAAAAAAUCAAGUUGCAUUUAAAGAAAA